AUGUCGCGACUCCUUGAACAGGACCAGGCUCCUGUGCCUGCUACUUUAGAGGAGAACUCAAGGGAUCCGUCUGCAAUUGACGAAGAUGCUGCGUUAUUGGAAACGCUGGGGUACAAACAGGUCCUGCACCGUUCAUAUACCUUUCUAGAAAACUUCUCAACAACUUUCGCGGCUCUAUACUUUGUCGGUGGCGUUCGUGUCACCUUCAGCACCGGGAUUGCCAGUGGUGGUAACCUUGCUUACUGGACGAGUUAUCUGGUCACCUUGGUAUUCAGCUUCAUUUCAGCCGCCGUCAUUGCCGAAGUAUGUUCAGCUUCUCCAUCUGCAGGCUCCAUCUAUCUCUGGGCAGCUGAAGCCGGCGGUCCCAAGUAUGGCCGUUUUCUGGGAUUUGUGGUUGCGUGGUGGAGUACCACGGCUUGGACGACGUUUUGUGCUAGUAACACGCAGGCUGCGACGAACUACAUGCUUUCUGAAAUCACUGUGUUCAAUCUGGACUUCCCUACUGAUCCUAAUGAUGUGAAAUUCCGUGCGUUGCAGUGGGCAUGCACCGAAGUUCUGCUCGCAUUAGCGGCAGUUAUCAACUUUUUGCCUCCGAAAUACUUCCGAUGGAUCUUCUACUGCUCCUCCGCAAUGGUCCUUCUCGACUUCCUUCUCAACAUGAUCUGGCUCCCCAUCGGUGUCGUCAACACCUGGGGUUUCCGUACAGCACACGACGCUUUCAUGACGACGUACAACGGCACCGGCGCCCCCGCGGGCUGGAACUGGUGUUUGUCCUAUCUUGCUACAGCCGGUAUCUUGAUUGGAUUUGAUGCUUCGGGGCACGUCGCUGAAGAGACUAAGAACGCCUCUGUGGUUGCUGCUCGGGGUAUCUUUUGGAGUACGGUUGUGAGUGGGUUGGGCGGAUUGGUUGUUAUUAUUUUGUUCCUUUUCUGCGCGCCUGAUCCUGAUACCCUAUUCUCGUUCGGUGCCCCUCAACCAUUUGUCCCUCUCUACGCCGUUGUCCUCGGACAAGGCGGCCACAUUUUUAUGAAUAUAGUCUGCAUCGUUGCGCUGUGGUUUAACACCGCAAUCGCCAUUGUCGCCGCCUCCCGUCUCGUCUUUGCCGUAGCCCGUGACGGCGUCCUCCCCUUCUCCGGCUGGGUAUCCCAAGUCUCCGCCGAAGGACAACCCCGCAACGCCGUGAUCGUAGUCUGGGGUGUCGCUGCAUUGGUUUCUUGUACCAUUCUGCCAUCCGCCGUCGCUUUCACGUCCCUCAUUUCAGCGGCCGGUGUCCCAUCCGCCGCUGCUUACGGACUGAUUUGUCUCGGAAGAGUCUUUCUUACUCCCAAUUCGUUUCCCACUCCGAAAUGGAAUCUGGGGAGAUGGAGUAAGCCGUUUCAGGUCAUUUCGAUUUUUUGGAAUGGUUGGGUUGUGGCGGUUUUGUAUUCGCCGUAUUCGUUCCCUGUAACGGGACAAACUUUUAAUUAUGCACCUGUUAUCAUGGGCGCUGUUACUAUCUUCGCUAUUAUCUCGUGGUGGUUUACUCCGGAAGAUGCGUGGUUGCCCAGGAAGAGGAUUCAGCAUUUUGUGGAGAGUAAGGGAGAGGCGAGAGAAACUACGACUGACAUGACGGAGUAG